GGUCACGGCGCAGGCGCAGAGUACGCGUGGCGCCGCGCGAGGCGGAGGCGCGCUCUUCGCGGGCCUCCGUGCGGGCCUGGGGCGCAAAGCCGGGUCGCCGCGGCGCGGGCAGCAUGUCAGACAACGAGGACAAUUUUGAUGGCGACGACUUUGAUGAUGUGGAGGAGGAUGAAGGGCUGGAUGACUUGGAGAAGGCCGAGGAGGAGGGCCAGGAGAACGUUGAGAUCCUCCCCUCUGGAGAGCGACCGCAGGCCAACCAGAAGCGAAUCACCACACCGUACAUGACCAAGUAUGAGCGAGCCCGUGUGCUGGGCACCCGAGCCCUCCAGAUCGCGAUGUGUGCCCCUGUGAUGGUGGAGCUGGAGGGGGAGACAGAUCCCUUGCUCAUCGCCAUGAAAGAGCUCAAGGCCCGAAAGAUCCCCAUCAUCAUUCGCCGCUACCUGCCUGACGGGAGCUAUGAAGACUGGGGGGUAGACGAGCUCAUCAUCACCGACUGACCUGGGAUCACCCUCCUGACUGCGCCUCCUCCCCAGUUUCUAGUCUCACAUUCUUUAUACGUGUAAAUAAUAAACCAGACAACCUUUCACCCCG